GCCGUCUCACAAAACUUCCGUAUCUUCGCCGGCCCCAAGACGACCGAAGUGCUGCAGCAUUACGGCUUAGGAAAAGUCGAGUAUUACGGCUGGUUCAGCCCGGUCUCUUCAGUCCUGCUGAUUGUCUUGCACGCACUUCAUUCUGUGCUGCAAAACUAUGGUCUGGCGAUUAUCGUGCUGACGCUGAUGGUUCGUGGUGCGAUGCAUCCGAUCAGCCGUAAGCAAGCUAAGAACAUGCAGAUCCAACAGGCCCUCGCUCCUGAAAUCAAACGGAUCAGCGAUCAAUACAAAGACGAUCCCGAAGGACGCCUCAAAGCUCAGCAGGAUCUGUUCAAGAAGCACAACUUCAACCCGGUGGGUGGGUGCUUGAUGAUGUUCAUCCAGCUUCCGAUCUUCCUCGGGCUUUACCGCGCCUUGGCAGUCGACUUUGAACUGCGUCAAGCUCCGCUGAUUCCAGGCAUCUCUUGGUGCUCGAACCUGGCGGCCCCUGAUCAAUUGCUGUAUUGGGGCGAUUGGAUGCCAGAAUUUCUGUCGCGUCCUACCGGCUUCCCAAGCCUUGGCCCUUACUUGAACAUUCUGCCGCUGGUCACCGUGGCGCUGUUCCUCGUGCAGCAGAAGUUGUUCAUGCCUCCGCCGCAAGACGAACAGCAGGCAAUGCAGCAGCGCAUCAUGACUAUCAUGAUGAUUUUCAUGGGCGUUAUGUUCUUCAAAGUUCCAUCGGGGCUUUGUAUUUACUUCAUCACGUCCAGCAUCUGGGGCAUUGUCGAGCGUAAGCUGCUCCCUAAGCCGAAGAAUAUGCCGGUCGUCGUUGAGGCGAAAAAGGAAGAGGUUAAACAACCUCGAAUUCGCCAAGCGAAAAAGAAGAAAUAG